AUGGUCGUGGACGGAUCGAUCCCAAAGUGCCUUCGUGCGUGUGAGUAUUGCCGCACCAAAAAAAUCAAAUGUGAUGGCAAACAACCAUGCAAGAAUUGCGAGCUCCACGGCGAACGCUGCUUUGUUGCGCCAACUAGCCGGAAGGGAGUGCGGGAAAAGCACCGACUGCUUCAAGAACGACUUUCGAAGGCAGAAGCUAUGCUCGCUGCUGCAGGCAUCGAUUUAAACGCCCAGAAUACCGGCAUGAACUUGGUGCAAAAGGCUGACAAUGCCUCUACCAUUCCAACCUCAGCCCAUCCACCAAAUUUCCCAGCCGGGAGUCGAUUUGAAGGUUCAGCCCCGAGGGCAGAGCCUCUUCCAGGUAGGGUAGAUGACAAUCUAGAGCAAGUCCCUAGGGGUACUGGCAUCAUCGAAUUGGCAUCAAACAUCCGAUCGGCAGACUCGAGAUACCUUACGCAAAGCGUAGAGACUAGCGAAACCAACCAAACGCUUGUGAGCAGCCAGUUCGAAUAUCAAAACAGUGUGCCGGCCUAUAUCUCGGCCACACAGGCUUCCUUGCCGUCAGAGGACCAUAUGAGUCACGAUGAGGACGAAACAGAUAGGGCUCCAAAGAUGGAGAUUUCCCAGUCGACGGAGACUGGUGCUUUAGAAUACCAUGGUGAGGCAUCUUACCUCUCGAUUUGCUCGCAAGCCGGCGCGAAUUGGGCUUCAAGCAGCCUUGGCCUAUCGGACUUUACAUCUAGCGCCAUGUCCCUGCGUUCCUUCGUUUCGGGAAGGCUCAAAUUGCAAACAGAGCUGUCUAGUACCAGAGCCCCUGAGCCGGACGCUCCUACAGCUUGGAAAUAUGCGAAAGGGUUUUUUGAGGAAUGCUUGGAAAUUCCCUGCGUACCCGUUCAACGCGAGAUUUUCAACUCAUACCUACGUGCGUUCUUCAAAAAUCACCAGAGACAGAGCGAGAAUCCAGCAUGGUAUGCGUUAAGACAUGUCAUCUACGCUUUUGGGGCUCGAAUAGUACACUAUAGCAAGCCGUCGGAGAAUGCAUGGAUUGAGGCCCAGCGGAUCUCCUGGAGGUAUUUCGAAAACGCUUUAUCUGUACACACACAACUCAUCUACUGUUGUUCGCAACUGCAGGCUGUUGAAAGCCUACUCCUUAUGGCUCUGUUCGCUGAAGGUAUCGGGAACCCCAAGUUAGAAUACAUGCUUAUCAGCAACGCCACCCGGUUGGCGCAGUCCAAAGGACUCCAUUUAGACAUCUCAGAACCUGACAGACCACAGGGUAAGGAGCAAGAAUAUCGAAGUGUGCUGUUCUGGUCAAUUUAUUGCUACGAAAAGCACAAUUCGUCUUGCUCAGAUCGGGCGUCUGCAAUCGAUGACGAUAACAUUAGCUGUCCCUACCCGUCCAGGCCGCUUCACGGAUCAAAGACCAAUCUCGAGAUCUUCUUACAAAUCAUCGAGCUGGCUCGAAUCAAAUCUGCAGUAUCGAAGCAGCUGCUAAGCGUGAGUGCGAGGCGUCAGUCGCAAGCCACUCGUUUAGAAUUAAAGAAGACACUUGAGACACGCCUGCAGAAAUGGCGAAGCCAACUUCCGGCCAAAUUACGGUUCGAACCAGUCUGUACUUCAGACCAAUCAGCUCCAGAAGUACGCAAGGAGCUGACCUUGUACUAUCACUUGGCGUACCAUGCGUUGCUCAUCACCAUCAAUGAUGCUAUGGGCAAUCCCUGGGACAAGGAAACUUCGAAGGGAUGCCCAGAACGCUGUCAGGUGGCCCUGGCACCACCAGAUAACAUCAAGCAUCGAGUUGCGGAGGCAUCGAGAGAAAUCAUCCGCAGCUUGAGGCACGUCCCAAUUGACUCUGCAGCUCCAACCUGGUUGACUGUACUCUACCCAAUUCUCGGCAUGAUCCACCUUUUUAUUCACAUUGUGACUUAUCCCAGUCUGCCGUCUGUGGCAUCAGACAUCCAGCUCAUUGAUAUGGCCGCCAGCUACUUCGGCCAUUUGGACUAUUCGACUGGUUCUUCGUUUGCUCUUGGUUUUAUCCGAGAUCUUGUGCACUGGGCACGAGUCCGUACAACGAGCGCCAGCGCUGACAAGUCCAAUAUUGCCAAGCCUGUAACACGGCCGGUAUCCCCGAUUACGAAUGCCCUCAAUUUUCUUCCUGCAGGCAUGGAUGAGUUCUUCUCGAACCAGAGUUGGAUUUCAGAUACUUCCAAUGCCCCUCCAGCUGAUUGGGAAAAUUUGAUCUCCUCGUUGCCACAAGUGUCAGCCAUGCCCUGGAAUGAUGACUGCAACAUCAUCUUUGAGCGGUGAUUCAAGAGCUGGAUGGCCGCACAGAUCGAAAACCACGUCUGUUCCACCGCCGCAGCCGAGUACGCAGGUCAGCUAGAAGCCGUAAGAGGGAACAAAGAUAUCUGCGCAAUCUUGCCUCUGAACUUUGGUCGAGCCUAGCCCCGGGAUCGACAGUCAUAUCAAAGCCGAUAAUAAGGAUGUUGUCGGCCUAGCCUAGGAUUUCUUCGGACAUGCCAGGAACGAAGACUUCUUAGAGCUUAGGAUAAUUAAAGGAGCCCAGGAAGGCAUUGCUAACUUAUCACCAAACACCAACAUAUGAUACAGAACGCCGCAGACUACGCGAUUGAUGAAUCCAUGACCAUGUGCGGUGGCGUGGUAGGCCGAGCUAGAUAGCUAGGUAGCGACGUAUCGCGUUGCGCCUCUCCCAAGGAAGCAAUCAAAUCUGCGAAAAAUCAUGCUACGAUCUAGGAUUCUGG